AUGGAGGAUGCAAACCAAACAGGGAUGAUUCACUUCCACUUCCGCCCCUUUUCCAAGCUCCCUGAGGUGCAGAUGCUGAUUUUUGUGGUUUUUUUGAUUAUGUACCUGGUCAGCCUCAGUGGCAACAUAUCCAUUUUCCUGAUCAUCUGGAUCCAUCAUUCUCUCCACACCCCCAUGUACUUCUUCCUGGCUAACUUGGCAGCCCUGGAGAUGUUCUAUUCCUCCACCAUUGCCCCUCUGACUCUGGCCAGUGUCCUGUCCCCUGAGAGAACCAUAAUUUCCCUUCCGGGGUGUGGUACCCAGAUGUUCUUCUUCAUCUUCCUGGGCAGCACGGAUUGCGUUCUGCUGGCCAUCAUGGCGUAUGACCGGUUUGUGGCCAUUUGUCACCCUCUACAUUACACUCUCAUCAUGAGCUGGCGGUUGUGUGUCCAACUGGCUGUCGGGGCUCUGGUGCUGGGAUGCAUUUUGGCCAUGCAAUUGACUGUGCUCAUCUUCCAACUCCCCUUUUGCAGCAGCAAAGAAAUCAGCCUCUUCUACUGUGAUGUUCUCCCUGUCCUGAGACUAGCCUGUGCAGAUACUCGGGUUCAUGAGGCUACUCUGUUUGUGGUCAGCAUCACAGUCCUCGCCAUCCCAUUCCUGCUCAUCUCUCUCUCCUAUGUCUUCAUCGUGGCUGCCAUCCUGAAGAUCAGCUCUUCAGAGGGGAGGCACAAGGCCUUCUCCACCUGCUCCUCCCACCUCACUGUGGUCCUCCUCCAGUACGGCUGUGGAAGUCUCAUUUACUUGUGCCCCAGUUCCAGCUACUCUCCUGAGAGGGGCCAAGUAGUGUCUGUGGUUUACACGUUUGUCACUCCUGUGCUGAACCCCUUAAUCUACAGCAUGAGGAACCGAGAGCUUAAGGAUGCUCUGAAGAAAGCAUUGAUGAGGCUCUUGCUGCCCCAAACACCAUGA